AUGGCUUCAUAUGAUUUGGUUGAAUUAUGGUUAUGGUUGAAUUUGGAAAUGGUUGAAUUCACUCUGCAUCAAGUUUUUGUUGCCUGCCUUAGUCAGGUCAUGACAAAGAGCAAGGCAAUGGGUAUCCAUAUAAUCAACGAAGUCACAGAGCAAAUCAUGACAGAAACCUUAUAUGGUGAUAGUCGUAGGCUGCAGCAAGUCUUGGCUGACUUCUUAUUGAUUUGCAUCAAUUUUACGCCAACCAGAGGUCAAGUUGUUGUUGCAGCCUCUUUAACGAAAGAUCAAUUAGGCAAAUCAGUUCAUUUGGCUUACUUGGAGAUAAGCAUAACACAUGAUGGUGUUGGUGUUCCGGAAACAUUGCUGAACCAAAUGUUCGGACGAGACGGCCAAGAAUCCGAGGAGGGUAUUAGUCUGCUCAUCAGCAGAAAGUUGCUGAAGCUCAUGAAUGGAGACGUGCGGUAUCUGAGAGAAGCUGGCUAA